AUGUCGAAGUGUGUCGGCUACGAGAUCCCAGACAAUCAGGAUCCUGCCCCGAGCCGAAAGCACCGCCGCCAGUCCAUUGAGCGCAUCUCCCAAAAGAAACCACGACCGGCUGCUAAGGCGCCACACAGCACCCCGCUCCCGUGGUCAAACAAGUUAUCUGAUGAGAGCCAUGAGGGGCAAUCACAGCGGACGCCGACGACGACAGCCCGCGGACACAAUGAUGGAUGGGAGGGGAGAGCAGCGUGCGACGUCACUGCUAUAUCAGCGCGAGGCCGUUUGAACAAGCCCCCGGAGCAGUCCCCGCGCCGUGGAUCGCUCAGUCACGGCUUGGAGUGCAGCCAUGGUUCUCUCGAUGAGCAAAUGUCGGAAAGAGCUCUUCGCAACAUUCUCAUCAAGACGACCCCCGAUCCCACCGCGUAUUACGUCGUGGGGGCCGAUCAUACACCGUCAAGCCAAGAUUUCCGCAACCAGCGCGGGUCCAAGGACGAUGACACGAUACGUUUUGUGGUCGGGGCACUCAACCCCGGUCACCAUUGGAUCAUCAUGAUCGGCCGCUGCUCGGAUGGUGAGGUCGCCGUGCACAUUCCCGACGGGGAGCAUUAUACGGAAGGCUCAUUUGCCAUCACUGCGGCCGAGAAGUUCUUUGACAAGUGUUGUCCGCCGGGAAUGGUAGGACCUUGGGCGAAGCCGCAUUUGGCGGGUGGACAAUUUGGCCAGGCUGAAGAAACAACUUGCGGCCAUCGAUGUGUCUUAUGGGCCCUUCAUCUCAUGUACGGAGUUCCACCUUUCAUGUACAGCUCGAUGGACCCCUGGAUCGGAUUCUUUAAGAUUCUUCUCGGCGCCACGCUAAAUGGCGAUGGUGAGGUGGCGACAGCGACCGUCGGUUAUUCUCCCGAAGAGCAGUCGCUUCGUUCGACUUCACAUUGGAUCCGAGACUUGGAAAUGGCCCAGGCAGAUGAGCAAGACUUCACGGUGCUAGAAAUAGUCGCUGCAAGUAUUCUAACUGCCCGGCGAUCGAGUCAUAAGAGGCGAGCAUCGGGUCUAUACGCGGGAAUCGAAAAGUUGCUUUGGCAAUUCGCUCCCGACGCGGACCCAGCAGAAGCGGAGACUUUAGUUCAGUCCGUCACCGCACAGCCUCCUACCAACGAAAUAGAGGCGGCAUACCAGUAUGCAAGGAGAGGACACGAACGGGCGAAGCGCAGAUUCGAAGAGAUGAGUUCACGUGCCAGGGACUUCGUCGAAGACCAAAGACUACAGCUCAAAAUCUUGACAGCGAAGGCAAGGCUGACAGAUGCACGCGCCAAUACU